GACGUUUCAGCGCUUGCGCCGUACUCGGAAGUGAACGAGAAUGAAGAGAGAAGGACAGUGAAAGCAGCUAAAGAUAGUCGAGAAGACAGGCUGAGCUGCUUCAAACUCAUCCUCCGCCCGAGAUCAACUUCCCUGCGGGUACGCCGAGGUUUCAGAGGAGCGUCGCCGCGGCGCUCGCCGGGGCUGCGCUUCUGUUAGCAUGCCCGCUAAAGCAAAACAGCACCGUGCAGGAAGAGACCAAACAAAUGUAAAGAGCGUUAAACAGUAAGGUUUACGGCAACAAGCGCGGUCUGUAAAACCCCAGCGGGCGGCGUUUGAGGAGCAACGGGGCUCACGCACUUCGUCGGGACCGAGUGCUCGGGGUUCAUAAUGCCACCGUGAUAUGGAAAUGUCUCUUAUCGCCUGCCAUGCUGGACUUGAAGACCCCUUAUUGUGUUUCUUCUGUAAACAUGAGACCGUUGUUAAAAACAGAGCACGCGUGUGUAAGUUUGCUGCCGCCCUGAAGCUCACGAUGGAUCUCCUCGGGACUGUUUUAAGCGCGAGGGAGUGACCCUUUUGGAUAUUCGAGCGAUAUGGAAGAAGACAUGGCUGUAGGAUGGGAUGCGGUGGAGCCGCCCGUCGUUUCUCUGGCCAGUCCGUGUUACGGAAAUGACAGCAGUGUGGUCUCGUCUCAAGACUCUGAGCACGAGGCGCUCGACGAUUUUGACUGUGAAUUCCCGGAUGAAGACUUUGAUUUGGAAGUAGACGAGAACGAAGAGCAAAAUGCCAAAACGGACGAUCCGAACGACGACGAGCCGGAGAAGAGCGAAAGGGGCGGGAAAACUGAGUUGGAGAGCGAGUUAAGAGGCGACGGGGAGUCUAAAUCCCGCGGUGCCGGUAGGAAGGGAAAGCCCAAAAAGAGCGGAUCGGGGCAGGGGCUUUGCGAUCAAACCCCUUCGUGGGCAUCUUCCAUGUCUCAUAAAUCCUUCCUUGCGUCCUCGGGGCCCAGCAGACACAAGCAGGUGAAGCGACGAAACCACCAUCUGCACAAUCACAGCCGCGUACGAAGGAAAAACGGGACGCAGCUAGUUAUGGUGUGCCGGGACUUCCUGGCAGAUUUCGUCAGCCCCUGGUGCAUUUCCUGCAUCCAUAUGGUCGUGGAGCUCAUCAUCUCUCUGACCCAUCGCUGUGGGGUUGCUGUCGAAUCCUCUGCACUUGCACUAUAUGACUUUGGCGCGCACAUGCUUUCCAAAGUCACGGACGUCCCGGGCAUGACGCAGGAUCUGAGGCGAGUCCUGGACUGGAGCCGGUGUUCGGGGUUGGCUGUGAUGGAGAGCAUGGGCAGGUCCGCUCGAUGGGCCCGACGCGCUCUGCUUUCUUGCUGGAGAGUCGUCUGCGCUGCGCUGGGCGCUGGCUCUCGGAUGCUGAGGUGCAUCGUGGGAAGGCUGGCCGGAGAGAGAGGCAGGAAAUGGUGGCUUGCGCUUCAGAGCAGCCGGGUUUGGAGGAAAGUGUCAGAUCUGAGCACGAGGGUUCACGGGUGUUUCUUUAAAAAAGGCGUCGUGGAUGAAAGCUCGAACCCAGAGUCUCCCGGCAGGGGGGCAGACAAGUGGCAACCUGGGGAAGAGCUGCAGAGACUGCUGGCGCUGGCCAAGAUCCCUGAAGAGGAGCUGGACCCGUUUAAUGUCCUGGGAGUGGAUAUACAUGCCACUGAAUCAGAGCUCAAGAGAGCUUACAGACAGCUGGCAGUGCAGGUUCAUCCAGACAAAAACAAGCACCCGGGUGCUGGUGAGGCCUUCAAGGUGUUAAGAGCGGCGUGGGACAUCGUCAGCAACCCAGAGACUCGGCGAGAAUAUGAACUGAAGCGCAUGGCAGCUACGGAGCUUUCAAAGUCCAUGAACGAGUUUCUGACCAAACUCCAGGAUGACCUGAAAGAAGCCAUGAACACAAUGAUGUGCACUAAAUGUGAGGGCAAGCACAAACGCUUCGAGAUGGACCGCGAGCCUGCCGAGGCCCGAUUCUGUGCUGAAUGUAGUAAGUGGCACAGCGCCGAGGAGGGAGACCUGUGGGCUGAAUCCAGUAUGCUGGGGCUGCGCAUCACGUACUUCGCCUUCAUGGAUGGCAAAGUGUUUGACAUCACUGAGUGGGCAGGCUGUCAGCGUAUAAGCAUCUCUCCAGACACGCAUCGCGUGCCAUAUCACAUCUCUUUCGGCUCUAAAGGUAGCAGCGGAACCAGCCGCCACAGAUCUCCCCCAGAUCACGCGGCAGGCGGUGGCUCCCCCGCAGACCUGCAGGACUUCUUCAACCGCUUCUUCCAGGCUGGAGCUCCCAGUGACAUGUCUGCCAACGGAGGCUUCUUCCCAACAGGAAACCCGCCGCCUCAUUCCUCCGGAGCAGCUGCAGGACCUUCAACAAUGUUUUCAGGAUCUUCUCCUCAAACAGGGUUCUUUAGCCCGGGAGCCCAACGAGGCGAGCCCAGCGAACACUGGACCGAUGGAGGAAAGCCGGCGCGUCGGCGCAAGAAAGUUCGCAAGCCGUCCCAGCGCUGAGCGAUGCCACGCGGCGCGGAGCUGGAGCGCUGUCUGUUGCCAUGUUUUGACGUGAUAUUGGCCGACCAGUGCAGCACAACGAGGACAAACCCUUUUGGCCUCUGUUGAGCAUUUGUGUUGGUUGCUUUGAAGCUUCCCGAUGCAGAAUGAAAUGGCAACAUCCAAUCGCGUAGAGCGGCAAGUAAAGAUGGAUGCAGGAAGAUCUUUGCCGUUUCGCAUUUGAAGUCCUUUUUUUGUUUUUAUCUUUUUUUUUGACACGGAUUAACCUACAUUCAAUUGAAAUGACUUUCUUUCACGAAGCAGAAGGACUCGUGAGUCAUGAGUAGAUUUUCUGGUGAAUCUGAAGAAUAGUUGAACCCAACGUUAAAAUUGUCACUAUUUACUCACCCGCAUGUUGUUCCAAACAUAUACGCCUUUUAAUUUUUGCUUAUCGCAGCUUUUUGUUUCAUUGCGCCGGAAGUAUAGAAAAUAUCCCAACAUCAUGUGACUUCGAGUCUUCUGAAGACAUCAACCAAAGACCCAAAUUUAGCAAUUCACUCGUUAUGUUCUUCUCCAACUUAGCUGCUUAAUUCACCAGAGGUUUGAUGUGAUGGAUACAUGAUAACCAAUGGUGUUUCGUAUUCUGAGCUUCAGUGGAGAGGAGCUUUAUCAGCGGAGAAAACGUUUUUUUCGAGAUUGAUAGAUGCGGUUGCUAUAAACCGCGUGCGAUACUUCAAUUUUACCACAAGGGGGAAACAAUAAAAACAGCGGCAGAGUUUGAAACGACAUGAGGGUAAUAUUGGCAUUUUUAUUUUUGGGUGAAGUUAAAAAAAAAAAGUGUCUGAUUUGUCAGGCUCGAAAUGGUGAACCUGAUGGAAAAUCUUCACAAUGUGGCUGAAUGUUUUGUAACGCGUAAGGAUUAAUGUAGAAGUCGCACACAGACCUCAGGGAUGACUCUUUCUUCAUCUGCUACUAAUAAAACGGGAAAAAGACGUAGCUGAAAUUUCCAGAAAUUCCUGGGAUUGUCGUAUUAGAGUUUAUGCAAACCGGAGGAAGCGUACCAGUUACUCUUAAUAAAACCAGAAUUUUUCUUCCAAUGUUUAAAUCGCCUGAUUGGGAGAUAAUUACUUCAAAUAGAUACAAACGUUCUAUUGUACAAAAAAAAUACGCAAUAUGGCUUCCACAAAUUCAUCAUCAACGAAAGAAUCCAGAGGGACUUUCACGUCGAACGCUCUAGCUUCUCACCGGCGCUCUUGAUUGAGUCGCUUUAUGUUUUUGUUCAUGUAGGGGAUCUCGAGAUCCGGAAGAGCCUCGGAUGUGCGUGAGGGAAAGGAACGAGUCGCACGAAUGUAAUCGCGUGUCGAUCUUUUAUGCCUAGAUGCAGAAGACUAAAAAUUUGAUUGGUUUGAUGUGAAAAUCCCAGAGCCUCUCUUUAAGAGGACGUCCUCUUUUCAAUUCUGACCACUUUUGUAACACUCAGGAAUCAUUUUAAAAGAAAGUUGGUUCAUCCAAACCUAAUGCUUUUUGGCUCACGACAUCGCUCAUUUGUUCCCUUUAUUUUACAGUAGACCCCGUGUAAUUCAAGACAUCUUAAACUCUACCAAGACGCGUGCGUGUGUUCGGUUUUAACGUGUUCUCAGAGAUGCUCUCCAGAACUUCCUGUUCAGUUUGACUUAAAUCUCCUGAUUAAAAGCGCUUCUUUAACUACAGAAAUUCCAGGAAUGAAAACAUUAAAAUCAAGUUUUGCUGAUUGUCAGUGAUCUUCCCCCCUGACUCUACCUGAAGUGCUUUCAGAUGGAAGAAGCAGAAAGAUUUACGUGAGUUUUAACGUGGUUACUCGAUCAACUCUGCAUGGAAACGUCCUCGGAGGCUGAAAGCGACUGGCCACGCUGUCUAUAGUUGACCCAAACUCUAUUACAUCAUCGCUGUUGAAUCUUUAGGGCAAACUUGAGUUUUGUAAACGUUUACCUUAAGUCCGAUUUUCAGAUUAAUCCUACGCCGUUUCGUUCUUUACAGCAGAAUGGCAAGUGUUAUUUAAUUUCUGUUUACAGCUGAUAAUAGAAAUAAAACGGGCAGUUUAUAAUUGCA